GCCGCCGCCACCACCGGGCCCCGCUCCGCCGCCGCCGCUGGGCGGCUGUGCCGUGACCAGCGCCCCAGCCCAGUGCUCUGCCGUAGGGGCAAGAGUGCCCCAAGCCCCCAUCCACCAUGUUCAACCUGAUGAAGAAGGACAAAGAGAAGGAUGGGGCCCGGAAGGAGAAGAAGAAGGAAAAGAAGGAGCGAAUGUCAGCAGCUGAACUCAAGAGCCUGGAGGAGAUGAGCAUGCGCCGGGGCUUCUUCAACCUCAACCGUGCCUCCAAGCGGGACUCCAAGACCCGCCUGGAGAUCUCCAACCCCAUCCCCAUUAAAGUGGCCAGUGGCUCUGAGCUGCACCUCACAGAUAUUGACUCUGACAGCAACCGAGGCAGCGUCAUCUUGGACUCAGGCCACCUGAGCACGGCCAGCUCCAGCGACGAUCUCAAGGCGGACGAUACCAACUUCAAGGGCUCGGUGCUGCAGCGGGCAGCCAAGUUUGGCUCCCUGGCCAAACAGAACUCCCAGGUGAUUGUCAAACGCUUCUCCUUCUCCCAGAAAAGCCGGGAUGAGAGCACCUCAGAGACCUCCACACCCUCUGAGCACUCGGCAGCCCCCUCCCCACAGGUGGAGGUGCGCAUGCUGGAGACCCCCCUGGACAAGCAGGGGGCUCCCCCGGGACAGCCCUGCACCCCUCCCGCUACCUCCCUGCGUGCCAAGGUGCCAGAGCUCGUUGGCAAGAGGUUCCCGGCCGAGCUGCGGCUACCUGCCCUGGUGCCCCCCCAGCCCCCCACCCCACGGCAGCUGGAGCUGCAGAGGCGCAACACCGGCGAUUUUGGCUUCUCCCUGCGCCGCACCACCAUGCUGGACCGCGGCCCCGACGGGCAGGUGUACCGGCGCGUCGUGCACUUCGCCGAGCCCGGAGCCGGCACCAAAGACUUGGCCUUGGGCUUGGUGCCGGGCGACCGGCUGGUGGAGAUCAACGGGCGGAACGUGGAGAGCAAAUCCCGGGAUGAGAUCGUGGAGAUGAUCCGGCAGUCGGGGGAGACGGUGCAGCUGAAGGUGCAGCCCAUCCUGGAGCUGAGCGAGCUGAGCCGCUGCUGGCUGCGGGGCGGCCAGGGGACACGCCGUGCUGCCUGGGAUCUGGAUCCCCCCGCCUCCGCCUCGGCACCCAGCCAGGUACUGUACCCCCGUCCUCAGGAGCCCUCUGCCUCCACCAGCGACCCCCCGCCAUCCUCUGUGUGCCGCUGGGCUGGCAUCUGCGCCCGCGCCUCGUGCUGGAGCGCCAAGACAGAGGAGCAGAUAGCAGCCGAGGAGGCCUGGUACGAGACUGAGAAGGUGUGGCUGGUGCACAGGGAUGGCUUCUCCUUGGGCAGCCAGCUGCGGCCAGAGGCGGGCAGUCCCCUGCCUGAGGGCAAAGUGAAGGUGAAACUGGACCACGAUGGAGCCGUCCUGGAGGUGGAGGAGGACGAUGUGGAGAAGGCAAACCCCCCAUCCUGUGACCGUGUGGAGGACCUCGCCAACCUCCUGUACCUCAACGAGUCCAGCACGCUGCACACGCUGCGCCAGCGCUACGGCGGCAACCUCCUGCACACCUACGCCGGGCCCACCAUGGUCAUCAUCAACCCGCUGAGCUCCCCCUCCAUGUACUCUGAGAAGGUCAUGCACAUGUUCAAGGGGUGCCGCAGGGAGGACACGUCCCCACACAUCUACGCAGUGGCGCAGGCCGCGUACCGCAGCAUGCUGAUGAGCCGCCAGGACCAGGCCAUCGUCCUGCUGGGCGCCAGCGGCAGCGGCAAAACCACCAACUGCCAGCACCUGGUGCAGUACCUCGCCACCAUCGCCGGCAGCACCGGCAAGGUCUUCUCUGUGGAGAAGUGGCAGGCUCUCUACACCAUCCUGGAGGCUUUUGGCAAUAGCAGCACCGGCAUGAACGGUAACGCCACCCGCUUCUCCCAGAUCAUCUCUCUGGACUUCGACCAGGCUGGGCAGGUGGCGUCUGCCUCUGUACAGACACUGCUGCUGGAGAAGCUGCGCGUGGCCCGGCGCCCCGCCAACGAGGCCACCUUCAAUGUCUUCUACUACCUGCUGGCCUGCUCUGACAGCACCCUGCGGACUGAGCUUCACUUCAACCACCUGGCAGAGAACAAUGUCUUCGGCAUCGUGCCUCCCUCCAAGCCAGAGGAAAAGCAGAAGGCAACCCAGCAGUUUGGCAAGCUCCUGGCAGCCAUGAAGGUGAUGGGCAUCUCAGGAGAUGAGCAGAAAGCCUUCUGGCUCAUCCUGGGGGCCAUUUACCAUCUGGGAGCUGCCGGGGCAACCAAAGACGCCGACGAAGCUGGGAGGAAGCAGUUUGCACGGCACGAGUGGGCUCAGAAAGCUGCGUACCUGCUGGGCUGCAGCCUGGAGGAGCUCUCCUCUGCCAUCUUCAAGCACCAGCCCAAGGGCACCCUGCAGCGCUCCACCUCCUUCCGCCAGGGCCCCGAUGAGUCUCCCCUGGGGGACAGUGGCACAGGUCCCAAGCUGACGGCGCUGGAGUGCCUGGAGGGCAUGGCAGCUGGCUUGUACUCCGAGCUCUUCACACUCCUCAUCUCCCUCCUCAACAGGGCACUGAAGUCGAGCCAGCACUCGGUGUGCUCCGUGACGGUGGUGGACACCCCUGGGGCACAGAACCCUGAGCUGGCGGGGCAGAGCCGCGGGGCCACCUUCGAGGAGCUCUGCCACAACUACGCCCAGGAGCGUCUGCAGCAGCUCUUCCACCAGCGCACCUUUGCCCGUGAGCUGGAGAGAUACAAGGAGGAGAACAUAGAGCUCGCCCUGGCUGAUGCUGAGCCCAGCUCCUCUGGCUCCAUAGCUGCUGUGGACCAGUCCUCACACCAGGCACUGGUCCGGUCUCUGGCCCGCACGGACGAGGCGCGGGGGCUGCUGUGGCUUCUGGAGGAGGAGGCGCUGCAGCCGGGUGGCAACGAGGACACCUUACUGGAGCGGCUCUUAUCUUACUAUGGCCCACAGGAAGGGGGCAAAAAAGGGCACGACCCGCUGCUCCCCAGUGACAAGCCCCGACACUUCCUCCUGGGACACAGCUCGGGGACCAACUGGGUGGAGUACGAUGCUACGGGAUGGCUCAACUAUGUCAAGCACAACCCAGCCUCCCAAAAUGCUUCUAUCCUGCUGCAGGAGUCCCAAAAGAAGGUGAUCAGCAGCCUGUUUGCCGGGCGUGGCGGGUCGGCGCUGGUGCUGUCGGGCUCGGUGGCGGGGCUGGAGGGCGGCUCCCAGCUGGCCCUGCGCCGCGCCACCAGCAUGCGCAAGACCUUCACCACCGGCGUGGCUGCAGUCAAGAAGAAAUCCCUCUGCAUCCAGAUCAAGCUGCAAGUGGACGCCCUCAUCGACAGCAUCAAGAAGUCCAAGCUCCACUUUGUGCACUGCUUCCUGCCCAAGGCGGGGGGUGGUGGGGACCCCCAGGCCGUGCCGUGCCGGCGGGUGAGCGGCAGCGAGCUGGAGCUGCCAGCAGAGCACUGUGAGGCCGGGCUGAUGCAGCUGGACGUGCCCCUCCUGCGUGCCCAGCUCCGCGGCUCCCGCCUGCUCGACGCCCUCCGCAUGUACCGCCAAGGUUACCCUGACCACAUGGUGUUUGCGGAGUUCAGGCGGCGCUUUGAUGUCCUGGCCCCACACCUGACAAAAAAGCACGGGCGCAACUACAUCGUGGUGGAUGAGAAGCGGGCAGUGGAGGAGCUCCUGGAAUCACUGGACCUGGAGAAGAGCAGCUACCACAUGGGCUUGAGCCGGGUGUUUUUCCGGGCUGGAUCACUGGCCAGGCUGGAGGAGCAGCGGGACACACAGACCAGCAGGAACAUCACCCUUUUCCAGGCAGCGUGCAGGGGCUUCCUGGCACGGCAGCACUUCAAGAAGAGAAAGAUCCAGGAUUUGGCCAUCCGGUGCGUGCAGAAGAACAUCAAGAAGAACAAAGGGGUGAAGGACUGGCCCUGGUGGAAGCUCUUCACCACCGUGCGGCCCCUCAUCGAGGUGCAGCUCACCGAGGACCAGAUCCGUGGCAAAGACGAAGAGAUCCAGCAGCUGAAGAGCAAACUCGAGAAGGUGGAGAAGGAGCGUAACGAGCUGCGGCUCAACAGCGACCGCCUGGAGAGCAGGAUCACAGAGCUGACAUCGGAGCUGACAGACGAGCGCAACACCGGCGAGUCAGCCUCCCAGCUGCUGGACGCUGAGACGGCCGAGAGGCUGCGGGCUGAGAAGGAGAUGAAGGACCUGCAGGCCAAGUAUGAUGCCCUGAAGAAGCAGAUGGAGUCCAUGGAAAUGGAGGUGAUGGAGGCUCGGCUCAUCCGGGCGGCCGAGCUCAACGGGGAGCUCGACGAUGAUGAUUCAGGUGGCGAAUGGCGGCUGAAAUACGAGCGGGCAGUGCGGGAGAUUGACUUCACCAAGAAGCGGCUACAGCAGGAGCUGGAGGACAAGCUGGAGGUGGAGCAGCAGGGCAAGAGGCAGCUGGAGCGCAAGCUGGCAGACCUGCAGGCAGACAGCGAGGAGAGCCAGCGCGCGCUGCAGCAGCUGAAGAAGAAGUGCCAGCGCCUGGCUGCCGAGCUGCAGGACACCAAGCUGCACCUUGAGGGACAGCAGGGACGCAACCAUGACCUGGAGAAGAAGCAGCGGAGGUUUGACAGCGAGCUCUCGCAAGCGCAUGAGGAGGCACAGCGGGAACGGCUGCAGCGGGAGAAGCUGAGCCGAGAGAAGGAUGUGCUGGUGGCAGAGGUCUUUGGCCUCAAGCAGCUGCUGGAGGACAAGGACUCGGACAUUGCCGGGCUGACACAGAAGGCGGAGGCGCUGGAGGCAGAGCUGCAGGACAUCUCCUCCCAGGAGUCAAAGGAUGAAGCCUCCCUGGCCAAGGUGAAGAAACAGCUGAGGGACCUGGAGGCGAAGGUCAAAGACCAGGAGGAGGAACUGGAUGAGCAGGCUGGGACCAUCCAGAUGCUGGAGCAGGCGAAGCUGCGGCUGGAGAUGGAGAUGGAGCGGCUGCGGCAGACCCACGCCAAGGAGGUGGAGAGCCGUGAUGAGGAGGUGGAGGAGAUCCGGCAGUCAUGCCAGAAGAAGCUGAAGCAGAUGGAGGUGCAGCUGGAGGAGGAAUAUGAGGACAAGCAGAAGGUGCUGAGAGAGAAGCGGGAGCUGGAGAGCAAGUUAUCUGCUGUCAGCGAACAGGCUAACCAGCGGGACUUUGAGACGGAAAAACGCCUGCGCCGGGACCUGAAGAGAACAAAGGCGCUGCUGGCUGAUGCUCAGAUCAUGCUGGACCACCUGAAAAACAACGCACCCAGCAAGAGGGAGAUCACCCAGCUCAAGAAUCAGCUGGAAGAGUCAGAGUUCACCUGUGCAGCUGCUGUCAAGGCGCGCAAAUCCAUGGAGGUGGAGAUCGAGGACCUCCACCUGCAGAUCGAUGACCUUGCCAAGGCCAAGGCAGCGCUGGAGGAGCAGCUGAGCCGUCUGCAGCGGGAAAAGAACGAGGUGCAGAGCCGGCUGGAGGAGGAUCAGGAGGACAUGAAUGAGCUGAUGAAGAAGCACAAGGCAGCUGUGGCCCAGGCAUCCCGGGACAUGGCACAGAUGAAUGACCUCCAGGCACAGCUGGAGGAGGUCAGCAAGGAGAAGCAGGAGCUGCAGGAGAAGCUGCAAGGUCUGCAGAGCCAGCUGGAGUUCCUGGAGCAAUCCAUGGUGGACAAGUCGCUGGUGAGCCGGCAGGAGGCCAAGAUCCGCGAGCUGGAGACCAGGCUGGAGUUCGAGAGGACGCAAGUCAAGCGCCUGGAGAGCCUGGCCACACGGCUGAAGGAGAACAUGGAGAAGCUGACGGAGGAGCGGGAUCAGCGCGCAGCCGCCGAGAACCGGGAGAAGGAGCAGAACAAGCGGCUGCAGCGGCAGCUCCGUGAUGUCAAGGAGGAGAUGGGCGAGCUGGCCAAGAAGGAGGCAGAAGCCAGCCGCAAGAAGCACGAGUUGGAGAUGGACCUGGAGAGCCUGGAAGCUGCCAACCAGAGCCUGCAGUCAGACCUGAAGCUGGCCUUCAAGCGCAUCGGGGACCUGCAGGCGGCCAUCGAGGAUGAGAUGGAGAGUGACAGCAAUGAGGACCUCAUCAACAGUUUGCAGGACAUGGUGGCAAAGUAUCAGAAAAGAAAGAGUAAAAUGUGAGGAGUGUCUCUUUCCUUCCUCCCCUCCCCUAACCCCCACCUCACCCCCGGGGGCCGGGGUCCCGCAUGCCACUGGCCCAGCUCCGCAUGCCCUAACAGCACCCGUGGCACGGCACAGCACAUAACCACAUCCUGGCAUGGGGAUGGGAUGAGCCCUGGGGUGGGCUGGGGGGGAUGCUCUGCUGUGGCUGAUGACAAAUGUAUCAGCAUGAGGCAGCAAUGGAGCCCUGCUGCCACUGAUUAAUACCCCCAUCCAUGGUCGCUCCCACGACCUGGGUCCUGCUUAACUAACGGCACGUUUGCCUGGACAUAAACUGUGUUUGAUGUGGUCAGAAAAUGUUAGCUGCCCCCAGAGCUUGUUUUCGGGGCUUGUUGGUGGUUUUUUUUGGUGUCAUUCUGUGUUUUUUUGUUGGUGUGUUUUUUUUCCCCCAAGCCCAGCGUUGCCUGGAUGUAUUGCAGGGGAGGGAGAUGCGCAGGAUGGAGAGCAGCUCGUUGCUCUGAAUUUAAAAAGAGAAGGAUUCAUAUACAGGGUCUAUCCCAGCCUGUCCCUUGUGCUGUUUGCCUUCAUUCCCAGACAGGGAAUAAGCCCAAAACCGGGCGGAUAAAAGGCCAUUUAAGAUCCUAUGAUACAUCCCAUCCCUUCCUCGGAGUGGCCUGGUGGGAGCAGGGUGGCAAGAGGGGACCACACUGCUUCAAUUUCCGUAUAGAUCCCGACGGUGCUGCCGUAGCCCUAAUGAAAGCAGUAAGCGGUGAGGUAUUAAGAGAGAUUUAUUCAGGGAUGCUUUUAACGUGGAGGAAUGGAUUUUGCAAUGCAGACAGCACCUUCUUUCUAAAGGCAAUCAAUAUGGUUACGAACGGCCGUUAUAAAUUAGAUGGUUUAAGCCAGAUAGGACUUUUUUUAUGCCGGGACGUAAAUCAGGGGCUCUCGGGCACGGCAGGGCUGUAAAUCUGCCCGCUGUGCUCCCGCACCCGCCGUGCCGGAGUCGUUUCUGUUCCGCCUGCUAAACUCCUGUUUACCCGGGGCCAUCAGCAUUGCUCUUCCUCACUGUAAUUCUGCACUCGACGGCAGCCUAUAAAAUGAACCCACUUAUUUCCUUCCCAAUCCCAGAGCUGGAAAUCUCCUGUGUUUCUGGAGCUGUGACCCUGCCUGCUGCCCCAAAGCCAGUCCUUGCUGUCUCCAGCUCUGGAACCAUUCAGUGACAGGGAGAUGUUGGGCAGAGGGUGCAGGAGCCCCUUGGGCAGCCACAGGGAUGGUUUGGGGGUGCUGCUGACUUUCAGGUUGAACUAUGGGUGUGCAGAUUGUGUCCCAGAGAUGGAGCAGAACCAUAAGGUGGGGUUUCACCCAUGCCAGAGGCAGUGGGUACUGGAGGGGUUCAGUGUGUUCCAGUGCACUUACAUCCCUCCAGCACCCAAAAACUCACUGCCCCUUGCUGACCUCUUGCUUUCUUGCACCCUGAUC